AUGGCGACAUCAAGUAUAGUGGACAGGAUGAUCUCAAAGUCAUCGGUGCCAGCUAGGCCAACCUUAAGCAACUUAAAUGCGGUUCUGGCGGACGUAUACGUGAGGCAUGUAGCCCUGAAGCAGGAGGAUUGUCAGCUCUACUACAAAGUUUACACCCAAGUCUUCUACCGCCUACACGAGCUGAUGAAGCAAGUCGAUCCUUACUACGAACGGUACUCGAGCGCGAUAAAAUUCGCUGGGAGUCACUACGACAGGCUGCGCAUCAACAAGCCGGACGAAUACGACCUGGUAAUCGGGAUAAACGUGCCGGUUAACAUGAAGGAGGGCAUCGGGGGUGCGAGCGACAUUGCCAUCGAGCCAACACACCCCGGCUACGUGCAACUGCGCGCCGGCGUCCAGUACCAGAAGUUGCUGGUGCGAGACGGCGCAGACUGCGUGGUAAAUAGGACCGCCCACCACUGGUUGGACGAGCGCAACUACAUCACGCGGUCGAAAUUCGCCGAUUGGUUCAAGGGAGUCGUCAAUAAGGCACUGGCGCGUCUCUCGCCGAACGAGUCUAACCGGCCGUGCAUAGAGAUCGCUGGGGUGCUGUACCAGAUCAGGACCACUGAGGGUGGGCCCGCGCUCACGCUCGUGAUCGAAGACACGAGGGAGUUCAAACUGGACGUUGACCUGGUCCCCGCCCUUAUAUUCCCCGACUCCAGGUGGCCGGUGGCAGGUUACAGGGCGAUCCCACCUGCGUGCCACGUGGGCACUUGGAUCCUCGUCCCGAAACCCAACAAGCACGGUUACACCGUCCACGACGAGCGCCGCUCCUGGCGGAUCGGCCUCCAGGAACAAGAGAGGAAGCUCAUUCACAACUCCUACAAUCUACGCCUGACGAACAAACUGCUAAAGAAGCUGCGCGACUCGCGGGGCAUGACCAAAAUUGCCAGUUACUAUAUAAAGACGCUGUUCUUGUGGGAGAGAGAGGGGAGUGACGAACGGUUCUGGUGUCGCAACGACCUGACAACUCUCUUCAAGCACAUGCUGCGGAAGUUUCACAACGCGCUCGUGGAAGGAAGAAUCAGCUACUUCUGGAACAGACGGUACAACCUGAUCGGACACGUUAGCAAGCAAGUCCUAAACGGCUACGCCAACAUCGUGGCAAAUUUUUUACGUGAACUCGAAGAAAUACGGGGGCACGAGAAGGCGGCCAAAUACCUACUGACAGAGGAGGAGUGGCAAUCGUACAAGAUGUUUUUCCAAAAG